AAAUAAAAUGGUGUUGAUUGUGUUGACGAAUCUUGUUAUCGCUUAAUAUUUUUAUUUUUCCUUAAAUUUGUUUUUAAUAAUCAAACGCGAUUGAAAAAAAUAUAAAAAAUUGAGCGAUCUGAUAAACCAAGAAGUGUGAUACUGCUUUUAAAGCAGAUGUGCUUCAAUGUGCAAUUAAUAAAAAUAGAUUCUUAAAAGAAAAUAGAAAAAAAACAAGUUUCUUUUUGUUUUUUCAUUACAAAACUAAAAACAAACAAACAAUUACAAUUUAUUAAAAAUGAUGAAAGUUAUAAAUGCAAUACGUUCCAGAAAGCCACAAACAACAAUAAUGCCAGGAGCAAUUCAAGUUUUCCUUUAUAAAGACAAAGAAUUCAAGAUAUUCUCAGAUUCGGACAUUACCUGCGAGAAGAUAUGCAUCGAAUGCUGCAUAUCACUUAAAAUUCUACCAACGACUCGCUUGUUAUUUGGACUCCGUAAACUGGAUUCGGAGGAGUGGCUUUUUCCAUGUCAAAUACCAGAAAGAAGCGAUAAAUACGAAUUCCGGAUGCGAUUUAAGGUGCCCGAUUUGGAUAAUUUGUCUACAAUUGAUCCAAAUGCAUACGAGUAUUUGUAUCAUCAAAUAAGGCAUGACAUGUUCCACGAACGCAUCGAUGAAAUUCGGUAUCCAUUGCACAAGAAUAAUGUUCUUGGGUUGGGGGUGGUGGAUAUGUAUAUUGAUCUGGCGGAAAAAAAGGGGUCUGUGGAGAGUAUUGAGAAGAACUACAAAAAGUAUGUACCUCCGAUAAUCCUGCAAACGCAUCAAAUAUUUGCUAGGAAAAGAAUUUUAGAGGGAUUUGAGAAUCUUCGCAAAACAACAAAAGGACUGAAUUAUGUGAAGAGCUCUUACAUGCAUACCUUGGCAGAUCUAGCUCCGAACUAUUUGCGAGAAAAGUAUAAUGCCACAGUUGCUAAUUUUCCCGAAGGUGGCGAUCAAUUGGACCGGAGUAAUAACUAUCCGGUUAGUGUGGAUUUGGAUCUGUUUGGAGAUGAGGGCCCAUCAAUUAAAGUUUCGCUAUUUAAAAAGCAGUGGUUGUUGGUAACAAAGUUGGAAAACCUUAACGCAUUAUAUUUGGAUGAAAAUCAACUUGGCGUUGAAUUAGAUAUAAAUGGACAUCUAAGAAAAUAUCAUUUAAAGUUUAAUCAUCCACAUGAGUCAAAGUCCUUUAUGACCUAUGUUACCGGAUAUUUAAGGCUUUCAAUCAAAUGGAUGUUUGAUCCUUGUGUAAAUUUUCCAACGCCGUCUCUUAUGGAACUGAAAGAACUUAAGUGCCAUGGCCCCGUAGGGGGUGAUUUUUCAUAUGCUCAAAUUCGAGAAUCAGGUAAAGGUCGGGGAACUUUUAUUGUUCGACAAUGUGAAAAGGAAUACGAUACAUAUUACAUUGAUAUUGUUGCAAAAAAAAAGCAUCCAGAAACUUUUAAAAUAACGAAAAUAGACAACGAAUGGUUGUUGCACAUGGACGAGGUUAGCAAGUUUGCUAAUCUAAACGAUUUAGCCGAUCAUAUUCCAGCUGAUAUCAAAUUUAGAUAUCAGAUACCAGCUUCUGAUUAUGAUAAACCACAAUUGUUGCUAUUAUGUGUUUCACGAAAUCUUUUACCAAAAACAACUGGCAACGAAAUUACCCUUGAAAGACUGCAAGAAAAUCGUCCACAAAUUUUCGAACCAAAAAGAGAUCUUCAACGUUAUAUUCAUUCUGAGACUCGAAGUGAUUGUGGUAGAAUGACAUGUCACUUAGCCGAAUGGAUUCAAAAAAGUGGUAUUAAAAAUAUAAAAGUGACGUUAAAAAUGUUAAACAACGAAUCUGACUUUGGGGCUUUUAUGGAAUUAUCAAAUACAUGGAGCGGAAUAUAUUCGGCAGAUUUUCUUAAAAUGUACGGUCUAACUUUGACAGCACCAUAUGCAGUGAUAGUAGAGCACUCUAAAUACGGACCACUUAAUAGAUUUUUGUCUACAAGACGUAACGUUUCAUUCAGAUGUUUAUUAGAACUAGCAAAUGGUUUAGUUCGUGCUGUUGCGUUUAUGCAAGAAAAAAGAAUAUAUCAUGGGCGAAUUCGAUGUAGUUCCUUGAUGGUUACCAGUUAUUGUCCAGAAAAAAAUGUUAUUGUUGCCAAACUUGCUGACUUUGGAAUUCGAAGAGAAUACGAUAAGAACAGAGACUUGCCUUGGAUACCAUCGACGUUUUAUUCAAAUCUUUCAAACAAACAAUUGUAUGAUUUGUCUUCAGAAUUAUGGGCAUUUGCCACAACUAUGUGGGAAAUAUUUUCUCGCGGUGAACCCAUCCAAGGUUUGACUGUCAAGCAACUCACUUAUACUCAAAGAGAGACUGGAGGAAUCUUAGAAAUUCCACGUGAAUGGCACGACGAUAUUCGUGAUAUUAUAAUGAAUGGCUGGAGCAUAAACGAAAUACGUUUCGAUAAAAUGAACAUAUUAAGAAAACUCAAUAAACUUAUAAAGAAAGAUGAGGCGUUAUGUUCAGAAAUAAGUCAACCUUUUACAGAUGAUGACAUUGAACCAUCGACUAAUUCAACGUCCAGUAAUGAAACUGGGAAUAUAUGUGACGACGAAGAGGAUGCAGCUAUGUUCUCUGAUAUGUUAGAAAUGGCGACAGUGCAAAGAAUUACCCAAGGUAAACUAAUAAGAAAGGUAAAAAUAGGCGAAGGUCAUUAUGGUGUGGUGUACCGGGGCGAAAUUGAAUAUCACAACGAAACAAGGAGAGAAGUUGCAAUCAAAGUUCUCAAAAACAGUGACGGAGGGUGUAUCGGUGAAGAUUUUAAUAGAGAAAUUGAUAUUAUGCAGGGCUUAAAUCAUCCAAAUAUAGUUAGAAUUAUUAUGUUUACUGAGCAGCCAAUGUCCAUUGUUAUGGAAUAUUUAAUGGGCGGAUCUUUCGAAGUCUACUUAUUGUCUCGUAAACCAAUUUUAACAAACGAAAAAUUGCUGAAUUUUUCCUUGCAGAUUGCAGAAGGUAUGGCAUACUUGAGUGAAAAGGGUAUAAUCCAUAGAGAUUUGGCGGCGAGAAAUAUCUUAGUGGAUGGUGAAAUUGUAAAAAUAUCAGAUUUUGGUCUAGCACAGCAUGUAAAUACUAAUGGCUAUUACAUAACGCAAAAAAAUAGGAAAAUUCCAUAUAAAUGGUACGCUGUUGAAUCUCUAAUAUCGAAUAAAUUCUCAGCCUCUUCGGAUGUCUGGUCGUAUGGUGUUACAUUAUUUGAAAUAUUUUCACGAGGCGAAGAACCUUAUCUUGAAGGCCUCAAAAAGAACACACCUUUAAUGGAUUUAGAAUUUGUUGCCAAACUGAAAGAAGGAGAAAGGCUGAAAAAACCAGAUCUUUGUCCACAAAUUGUGUAUGAUCAAAUAAUGAAACCUAGUUGGCAUGCAGAAAAGGAAAAGCGUCCAACUUUUAAACAAAUUAUUAAAAUUAUCAAAUCUAUUCAAAAUUCAAAUGAAGAUCUUAUUUAGGAAAAUUUAAAAUUAUGUCAAGCAUUUAUUUAGGUUUAAGAAAAAAAUGACUUUUUUUAUAUCUAUAAAAUUAGUAAAUCGAAUAUUCAUAUGAUACUAAAUAAGCCACAGGUUUAUUCCAUGUUAAUAUAAUUUCUUAAGUUAUUCUUUUUUUGUAUAAGGUUUGUCGUAUCUCCACAACAAUAUUUCAUAUAGAUCUUUAAUUUUGAAACUAAGAUAAAUGAUGAAAUGAAUGAAUUCCAUUAUAUUCUCAAAAAUAAUUCUAUUUAAGCUCGAAACACGAAUACCGAAACGACCAUGUUACAAUGAACGACACAUUUAUUGAAAUUUAUUAAAAAAGAAUAAAUCUCUUAAAUUUCUUUUGUAUAUAUUUUUCUAUGAAAAUUCUGAAUUUCUUCUUUUUUCAUUACAUUAUUUUUAAGUACGUUUUAUUUAGUUAAGAAAAUAGUUUUAAUUUAUAAAUGUAUGAAAGAAAUUUUAUUGUCUUGCUGUGUAAAUUUGUUGUAAAUAAUAUAUUCUUGUGUUUAUAUAUACAUAUAUACAAAAAUAAAAUAA